ACACCUCCGAACUCCACUCCGCCAUUUUCUAUCGGACCCAACUCAGUCGACGUCUCCUAACACUAACGCACGAAAGCGAUUAGCAAAAAUUGAAAGAUGUUCCUGCGGGCGAUCGGACGGCCAUUGUUGGCGAAGGUGAAACAAACGACGGGGAUCGUGGGGCUGGACGUCGUACCGAACGCGCGGCAGGUACUAAUUGAGCUGUACUCCAAGACGCUGAAGGAGAUCCAGGCGGUGCCGGAGGACGAGGGUUACCGGAAGGCCGUGGAGAGCUUCACGAGGCACAGACUCAAUGUGUGCCAGGAAGAGGAGGACUGGGAGGCCAUCGAGAAGAAGCUCGGAUGCGGCCAGGUCGAGGAGCUCAUUGAGGAGGCCCGCGACGAGCUCACUCUCAUCGGAAAAAUGAUCGAGUGGGAUCCAUGGGGUGUUCCUGAUGACUAUGAAUGCGAGGUUAUUGAGAAUGAUGCUCCAGUUCCUAAGCAUAUCCCUCUGCACCGACCUGGUCCGCUUCCAGAGGAGUUUUACAAAACACUGGAGGCUAUUACUUCAGUCCCCAAAGUGGAUGAGGCUGCAGCAACCUCCAGUGAGACGCAGGUAAAGGAGUAAAAUGCUGCAUGUCUUUGGGGAACUUGGGGUUCCAGAGCUGAAUGUCUUCUUUUCCCCAUAUUCUCCUGAUUUUGUUCUCAUUUAGUGGGACUGUUUGAAGGGAGUUUAAUUUCUGGGACAAAGGCUUGUAUCUUAAUAAUCUCCACUUGAAGUGUGAAGUGCAAAAUCAUGUUAUUCCUAUCA